AUGUCUUCUACGUUGACUAUCGUCGGGGCGGAGGGCCGCCAAGUCACAGUUCCUUCCGGUCUGUUCAUUCACAAUGAAUUUGUCCCAUCCGUAACGGGCACAACUCUACGCGUGGAGAAUCCCUCGACCGGCGAAGAGCUCGGAAUUAUCUCCGCUGCUGGAAAAGAAGAUAUUGACAAGGCCGUUGAGUCGGCCAAGGCUGGUUUGAAAGCCUGGAAAGCAGUCUCUGGGCCUGCCAAAGGCGCCCUUUUCCUGAAGCUGGCUGACCUAAUUGAGCGCGAUGCCAAGGAUCUUGCUUCGCUCGAGGCCGUAGAUGCCGGAAUCCUCUACACGGACUCCAUCGGAAUCAACGUCCCGCAGGCAACUGGCUGCCUUCGCUACUAUGCUGGUUGGGCAGGCAAGAUUGAUGGUAAAGUCCUUGACAUUGAUGGUGGUAUUGCUUAUACUCACCGCGAGCCAUUGGGUGUCUGCGCUGCCAUCGUCCCGUGGAAUGCCCCCCUGAUGAUCACAAUUUGGAAGCUAGCCCCAGCGCUAGUAACCGGCAACGUCCUCAUUAUCAAGACCUCCGAGAUGUCGCCCCUUUACGCCCAGCGAUUGGCAGAGCUCGUUAAGGAAGCGGGUAUUCCAGCCGGUGUGGUGAAUAUUGUGCCCGGCGAGGGAGCCAGCGCCGGUCAGGCGCUCUCCGAGCACAUGGAGGUGCGCAAGGUCGCCUUUACUGGCAGUUCGAUCGCGGGUCGCAAGAUUCUGCAAGCGGCAGCGCGGACCAACUUGAAGAAGGUGAGCUUGGAGCUGGGAGGCAAAGGCCCAUCGAUUGUCUUUGACGAUUGUGAUCUGGAGAACGCUCUGCUCUGGACACGCAUCGGUAUCACCGCGAAUAACGGGCAGAUUUGUGCGGCCGGCUCGCGCAUCUAUGUUCAAGACUCCAUCUAUGAUCGCUUCAUUGAAGCAUAUCAGAAGGCUGGGGCCGAGGCGCAGACUGUCGCCGGCAACCCGUUGGAUGCUGCGAGUACAAAGGGCCCCGUGGUAAACAGCGCCCAACAUCAGAAGAUCUUGGAUUAUGUUCGCCAGGGUAAGGAGUCUGGUGCCCGGUUGUUGUUCGGAGGCGAAAGAAUCGGCGAUAAGGGUUACUUUGUUCAAAACACGGCUUUCGCAGACGUCGCAGACGAUGCGACGAUUAUGCGCGAGGAAAUCUUCGGUCCCGUUGCUAGUAUUGCCAGAUUCUCCACCGAGGAAGAAGUCAUUGCCAAGGCCAACGACUCAAAUCACGGUCUGAGUGCAGCUCUGUUCACCAGCGACAUCGACCGAGCACACCGUGUGACGGCAGCGCUGGAGUCUGGCCAAGUAACUGUGAAUGCGUGGGCCAUGCUCAGCCCCAACGUUCCCUUCGGCGGAGUUAAGGAGAGUGGGUUCGGCCGUGACAUGGGAGAAGAGGCUAUGGAAGGCUGGACAAGCGUCAAAGCAGUCAAGUAUCAUAUCCUUCCUCGCCUGUAG